CAGCAAGGUAGUGCACACUCACAGCUCCUUUCCGGUGUAGGCAACUGCUGUGCGCUCGAGUUCCUGGUUGACAUUAAUAUUGAAGAUCAUUCUGUGGACAUCAGGGGAUUUUCUAGCCCCUCCAUCUACUAUGUCCUCCAGAGGCAAAGGUGAGGCGUGUCUGGUGUGUGGGGGUGACCUGCACGGUAACCAACGGCGAUGGCUCUUUGGGCGUCAGAACAAGAAAGAUGGUCAGCCUCAGACCCCAUCAGACUCGCUGGGCAGGGGAAGUCUCUCCAGGUCUUCUCAAAGCAGCCCCUGGGGUAGCACCAUGUCUCUUGGCUCCACGGUCUCUCUCUCGUCCCUUUCCUCACCUUCUAAAGCAAUGGACCUUCUCUCUGUGCUGACACACAUACUAGGCCAGGCCGUACCACGGGGCAGUGGGCGGGGGGAGUUCUUGUGUGGCAAAUGUGUUUCAGUUCUAGAGCGGGUUUUCAAGUUUGACUCUGUCAUUUCCAGGGUGAGGGUCUUAUCCUCUGAGAGGCUUCAGAAGUUGACCCAGGAGAGGGACAAGGUCAGGCAGUGGGUACGCAGCGCUUACCGCCAGCGAUGCCCUCAGGAUUUCCGGAUGAGGAGCAGCACUAGUGAGGAGGAUGGGGAGGGAAUGGGAAACCGAGAGGGUUACAUUGAAAUGUUGAAGGAGAACAUGGCCCUGUCAGAGUAUGAGUGCUGGUCUGAGAAAUGGGACGCAUGUCCAUACUUCAGGAGAACGGGGAAACGAUGCACGAUGGGGAAAAAUUGUGAGGGAUGUGAUUCUCUGAGGGUGUCCGACUCCGCCUAUGAGUCAGUUUGUGGGGUUCCCCGCCGCCUACCCUUCCAACCCUUUUCCCCCUUGGCUCUAUCGCGGGAUAAGUCGCAGAGCAUGCCUCUUCACUGGUCGAGAGUGCCGUCGCUAAGCUCUAGCCCAGCGUCAUUGACUGGAUCCGCUCUCUCCUUACGAGCGUCCUCUCGCACUGAGUCCAUCCAAUCGCUGGACUCGCUGGGUUGCCGUGAUCCAUUUGAUUUUCCGGAUGAUUUGUCACUCCUGGUCCUCAGAGAGUUGAAAGGUAUUGAAGGAAAGCCUGUCAGUUCACCUUCAGGGAGUAAGAUUCCCGUUUUGGGUAAGAGGGAAGGGCGAUAUUCAGGAGUGGUAGGUGAGACAUCCUCCCCUGAGGUAACAAGGGUGCUGAAUUUUGGAGAGCGGGAGAAUGGAGGAGAGGAAGUGGAUGGAGAGACAAAUGACGUUCUGACUGAAUUGAGGGACGAGUUUAUUCCACUACACAGAGAAAGUAAUACAGGUCGAGUGCACCUUGCAGUCAGACAGUUGAGAGGACAGCUUGAUCAAGCCAUGACACGCAUCAAGACCCUAGAAACUGAGCUUAAACACGGGACCAAAACCAAACCAGAAGCUAAUGUCAGUGGACCAGAGGAUUGGCUUAAGUUUCCGCAGAAGGACGAGGGAAACUUGCUACUGCAGAGUUUGGGGCAUUCGUUGCUCAGCAGAGACAGAGUUAUCCGGGAGUGCAUGUGUCUGAUCAGGAAGAUGUGCGUUGAGGUGGGGACAGGGACAGACGUGGCUGACAGACUAACACAGGCACUCACUGACAAUCUGAAACAAACUCUCUCCGACAAUAAGCUAGCCCUGGAGGCUCUGCUCUCUGAGGUGAGUGAGAGGGAGAAGAGGAUGGAGAGCGAGCUGGAGGCACUGAAGAAGGCUGGGAGAGACCGGGAGAAAGACCUCUCCACACUCAACGCUGUGCUCCAAUGUAACCAGGACAUCAUCAAUGAACUGAGAGUGGAGCUGGUUGAGAAGGAGCGAGUGCAGCGGGAGGUGCAGAAGGAGAGGGAAGUGUGGAGACAGCGGGACCAGGCCCUCACAGCAGUCCUACAGGAGAAAGAGUCACUUCUCCUCUGCCUGAAGGAGGCACUAAAGAGCUCUCAGAAAGACAUGCAGGCACUGUCUGACUCUGUGAUUAGCCAAGGGGUGUCAGGAGGCGGGGCUGAGGGGGCUCUGGCCUCUCAGCUGAAGGAGAAGGAGAGCCUAGUGAUAGUCUGGUUACAGGACAGGGAGGAGCACAGCGCCACCAUGUGCCGGGAGUUCUCCAAGCUCACCACCGCCCUGCAGGACUAUCAGGGUAUAGUGCAGGAGCAAGAGCAGAAUCAUAGUCAGACGGUGUCUUCGCUGUCAAAGCAACUCAACGACACACUCAACGACCUGAGGGAGAGCGGGAAGGAGAACAAGGAGGCACAGCGAGCCUGGCGGAGCGAAAUGGAUGACAAAGAGAGGGAGGAGAGGAAAUUGAGGGAGAGCCUGGAGAAGAGAGACAAACUCAUUGAGCAAGUUCUCCUGGAUUCCGAAGAACGGGAUCAUCUACUCAAAGAACUUCAACAGAACCUGCUGAACAAAUUUGAACCCAUGAUUGCUGUCAAACACACAUUAUGAAAGAGACGAACAAGAUAGUGAAAGAGCAAAAAACAUAGAACCACGAAGGUACAAUGCCCAUUUUAUAUAGAUGAGUUGCGUGAACCAACAUUUGCUCCACAGGUAGUUUACUACUAAUUACAAUUGUAUGUAGGCCCAUUGAAAAGGUUGUGUUUUGCACAUAGUGAUGUUAUUUCUCCGUUUUGGCAUCAUUCAUAUUUGUAUAUUCAUAUUGAUGAAGUAUGCUAGUAGUUAAUGUCUGACAUGGACCAAAGUAUAUUUUUGAAAUAAUUUCAUUUCCCGAGAGUUCUAUUUAUGCUUAUUCAAAAUACAUUUUGGUCCAUGUCAGACAUUGAUUAACGAGUAGAAUGGGACAUGGGGAAAUGUAUGAUGAGAUUUGUUAAUGUGUCCUUCAGGGCAUAGUGUAGUGCAGCCUUCUUGAUACGCGCUAUCAGAAGGGGGAUUAUUAUUGUGUUGAAUCUGGACAGUUUGAUGUUGCAGUUUCCCAAGAGCUUUCUUUAUUGGUGUCAUACAGUAAGUUCUGUGAUUUUAUUUUUUUUCUGUGCCUUUUUGUCGGACUGGGCUAUUUCUGUUCACACUGCCAAUUUCUUUACAAAUUAGCUACAUCAUUCUGCUUGGUAUUGUGAUAGUCAUAAAGGGGUUUACAUUUUUUACCCCAAAAUAUUUUGUUACUUUUUGGCAGGUUUAAUUUUACUACACAAUGGUUUGAUACAUUUAUUUUGGGAAAAGGUUUAAUUUGAUGUCUGCCAUGUUUUAAUUUUUUUAAGUCGUUGUGAGAUUGAGAAAAUACAACUCUCUACAUGAUCGAAAUGAUUGAAUCUAGUCUGUUUUCAUUGCAUGUACUUUGCUGCUUAUGUCAUGGAUGAUCAAAGGGACUUUAAUGACCCGCGGGUGUCUCUUGCUCUGUACUUCACACUUGGAAUAUGAUCCCCAGUAAACGGUCAUGGCGAGAAGGGAUCCAGCGUUUGCAGCAUUUGCCAGAAAUUACUUUUUGUAGGCGGUUUAGGAGAACUUAGGCAGCCGGUUAGGAGAAUUUACGUGGCAGUUAGUGUUAGCAAUAAAUAAUUUUGGGGACAUAAGUUUGACAAAAGCUGGAUCCUAUCACAAGCAGGACCAUGGUUUCUGGUUACCUGGGAACUGUUGUUUUGGAGAUAAUAUUUCAACACUAGUUUAUUUGACCCUCGGAGGUUGAGGUGAACUUGUUAAUUUAGUAACCUAAUCUAAAGAGACCUGGUAAUUAAUAAAUACAAAAGAAACGUCCCUUUUUCAGGACCCUGUCUUUCAAAGAUAAUUCAUUAAAAUCCAAAUAACUUCACAAUCUUCAUUGUAAACGGUUUAAACAGUUUCCCAUGCUUGUUCAAUUAACUAACAAUUAAUGAACAUGCAACUGUGGAACGGUCGUUAAGACACAGACGGUAGGCAAUUAAGGUCACAGUUAUGAAAACUUAGAACACCAGAGGCCUUUCUACUGACUCUGGAAAAACACCAAAAGAAAGAUGCCCAGGGUCCCUGCUCAUCUGCGUGAACGUGCCUUAGGCAUGCUGCAAGGGAGGCAUGAGGAAUGCAGAUGUGGCCAGGGCAAUAAAUUGCUAUGUCUGUACUGAGAUGCCUAAGACAGUGCUACAGGACGGACAGCUGAUCGUCCUCACAGUGGCAGACCAUGUGUAACAACACCUGCACAGGAUCGGUACAUCCGAACAUCACACCUGCGGGACAGGUACAGGAUGGCAAAAAUAACUGCCAGAGUUACACCAGGAACGCACAAUCCCUCCAUUAGUGCUCAGACUGUCUGCAAUAGGCUGGGAGAGGCUGGACAGAGGGCUUGUUGGCCUGUUGUAAAGCAGGUCCUCACCAGACAUCACCGGCAACAACGUCGCCUAUGGGCACAAACCCACCGUCGCUGGAGCAGACAGGACUGGCAAAAAGUGUUCUUCACUGACGAGUCGCGGUUGUCUCACCAGGGGUGAUGGUCGGAUUUGCGUUUAUCGUCGAAGGAACGAGUGUUACAACAAGGCCUGUACUCUGGAGUGGGAUAAAUUUGGAGGUGGAGGGUCCGUCAUGGUCUGGGGCGGUGUGUCACAGCAUCAUCGGACUGAGCUUUUUGUCAUUGCCUGCAAUCUCAAUGCUGUAUGUUACAGGGAAGACAUCCUCCUCCCUCAUGUGGUAUCCUUCCUGCAGGCUCAUCCUGACAUGACCCUGCAGCAUGACAAUGCCACCAGCCAUACUGCUCGUUCUGUGCGUAAUUUCUUGCAAGACAGGAAUGUCAGUGUUCCGGGCUCUUCGCUGGCCAUGGCGGAUCUCAUGUCUGGGACCAGAAAUGUCCGGGAACUCGCAGGUGCCUUGGUGGAAGAGUGGGGUAACAUCUCACAGCAAAAACUGACAUCUGGUGCAGUCCACGAGGAGGAGAUGCACUGCAGUGCUUAAUGCAGCUGGUGGCCACACCAGAUACUGACUGUUACUUUUGAUUUUGACCCCCCCCCUUUGUUCAGGGACACAUUAUUCCAAUUCUGUUAGUCACAUGUCUGUGGAACUUGUUCAGUUUAUGUAUCAGUUGUUAAAUGUUAUGUUUAUACAAAGAUUUAAUAAACGCAGUUGACAGUGA